AUGUGUUUUCAGAGUUUUCACAUUUGGUCCAAAACUCUUUGUGGGUCCACUGAGGCUGGUCUUGGUUUCCUCCAUGACCAUAGUGGCAAACUAUAUACGCGGCAUAAGUGCUCCCUGAAGGACAUUGUUGUGAACAAACAGGCCGUGAUGGCCGUUUUUCGAGGUCUCAAGAAGUACCCAGCACCGCAAGGCAUGAACAUGUACCGUUUGUCGGCACACGAGCUGUGCAAGGCAUUGUUAGCUUUUUUUGACGGUGGGGGGUACUGGCCAAGUGGUUUGCACUCGCAAAUACCUGCUUGUCAAGAAUGGGCUUUGAAAACAGCAAGAGGAUUGGUGAAACUGGUUAGCCGAAUGCGGCGGCUCAUCACUCGUGCGCCCAUUUCCAAGAUGUCAAAACUAAAUGAAAUCAGGGAUGAGAUCACAGCCUUGAAGCUGCCCGCUGAUGGGGAUGAUGGGAGUGACACCGGUACAUCCACGACCAAUUCCGAUAUCUCUGCCCUGAGCGCCUCCUCCAAAUCCAGCCCGGCCAUCGAUCUUGAGAGCCUGAGCAGGAAGGACGACAGGCUUUGCAGACUGAUCCAGCAAGCGCAGGAUCAGCGGAGGAGGGCCUGUCGGGCACAGCGUUGGACACUGAAUACGACCUGCGCUCCAUGGACCUAUGCUCAAAUGCCGGCUUUGCGCCUACGUUGGCUACUUGAGCAGCCAUUAGGGACCAUCGUGAACGCCAUGCCUGGGGUUCAACGUCUCUGGGAAUAUGUCCAGGCCUACAAAACUACUUUCUGGAUGGGCAACUUCGGCCAUAGUAGUUGUAAGAGCCACAUGGUAUGGAGCAACGACGAGGGCAUGCUGAACCAGCUUGUUGAGGCUGCUGGGUACAUGUCAGCAGCGGACAAGGCCCAGAAAACAACAAAACUGGUCAGGACCUAUAUAGAUUGCAAUGGAAAACGUCGUUGUACAGGGUUGAAGAAGGAGCUGAAAGAAAGUCAGAGAUAUCCAGACGACUUUGGAACAUGGUUGGCUACUCUGGUGAAACAUCGAAGUUCAGCGCAGCUUCCACCUCCCAAGAAGACCAUCGAGCUGGACGGUGACUUCUCGGAUGCGGAGCACUUCUUGGAUAAGUGCACCAAGGUAUUGACGGCUGCCGAUGGAUUCCCACUUCUGGGAAUUUCUGGGGACCCUUGUGUGGAAGACUUUUGGCAGAGAUUCUAG